AUGUGGGACUACAACGUUGACCAAGAAGUCCAAGCCACUUGUACCUGGCUGUUCGAUAAAGAAGAAUAUUGUUCUUGGAAAGACACAUCCAACUUAGACAUGAAGAAUUCUCUUUUACGGGUUAAAGGGAAGCUGGGAACUGGAAAAUCGACAUCUGUAAGGGUUGCUAUGUCAAGACUAUGGAGUGAGCAAUCAACCUGUCCUGGGAUCAAACUAGCAUUCUUCUUCGACAACCUUACCAAUACCCCCGAGGAGCCUCAACUUCGGCUCUUCAAAUCACUUCUGUUCCAGCUCUUCCAACAGUCAAAACAAAUUUUCCUUAAGUUUAUGCCCAUCUUUCGCCGAAAGAAAAGUUUCCACAAUAGCCACUGGGCAUGGAGUGAAGACGAGCUGAAAUCCUUUUUUCUAUCAGUAAUGAAAGAUCUGCCCGUUUCUUCGGCCUUUAUAUUCAUUGAUGCUCUCCAUGAAUGCGAGGAGGCUAGAGAUGUCAUUACGUUUUUCGAGUCAGUUCGUACUUCCAGCAUUGAGAAAAAUAUCCCCUUGAAGAUAUGCUAUUCCAGUCGGCAUUACCCUCCCAUAGAAGUAGGGGACUACGCUGAACUAAUUAUUGAUGCACACAACAAUUAUGAUAUCCAAAAUUACAUCCAAAGGAAAUUAAAACCCCUGCUCAAGAGACGAUAUAUUGACAAGCUUAUGGACCGUAUUGCCGAGAAAGCCCAGGGGGUGUUUCUGUGGGUUGUUCUGGUUGUGAGUAAGGUUAUUAAAGCCCAUGACCACGGUGAAUCAAUGGAACGAAUGCAAGAAAUUGUUGAAAAUGUUCCAGAUAAGCUGGAGUCCCUCUAUAGAGAGGCUCUCAAGUCCGCUCUCAUGAAACGUCCUGGCGAAACCUUGUCCCUAUUUCAAUGGGUUCUCUGCACUGUCAGAUUGAUUAGCUUGACCGAGCUACGCUAUGCCCUGAUAUUUCAAAAGAAUGGAUACAAAUCCCAGGCCGAAGCGGAAAGUUGUUCAUCGUUUAUUGAAUGUGAUCAGCAAAUGGAUAUACUUCACAGAGUCCGCACAGGUGGCCUGACGGACACAAGCACUAGAAAGGCGAUAAACACGGCGUAUGCUCGCCAGAUAUUUGACGCGGACAACCAAACUACGAUCCAUCUCGUCCACGACUCGGUAAGAGACUUCCUCUUAAACCACGGUGGCUUUCAACUCCUUGAUUCCGGGUCCGUCGAUGACAUACUUCGUCAGGGUCACAAGAGACUCGCAGAAGCAUGUAUAAACUAUUUAAACAUAGCCGAAUUGCAACAUAUAGCAAAGACUCGACCUGAGCCAGAUGUCCUUGGUCUAACAAAAUCAAUUGAGCUCUUUCAGCAACUUUGCCGCCAGCUCCCGUUUCUCCACUAUUCUCUUAAUUCAGUUUUUAAGCACAUCGAGGCAGCCGAGCUUUGCUCCAAGGAUGAUAAUGGUCCACCUUCAUACUUAUAUCAUCGCAUGGAGAAUACAUUCUUUGUUUGGAGGUACUUCUCCGACCUUGAAAGUAAAUGCCGCUUCAACGAAGUCCAGGGAAAGGAGGCAACUCUAGCCCAUUUAGCAGCAGAAUACGGGCUGAUCAGCUGGGUUAAGUACUACAUCUCAAGCGGCGGGGAUGUUCACAGGGAGGGUGGUCGAUUUGGUACCCUGCUUCAAGCAGCAGCUGGUAUGGGUCAUGAGGAAGUGUUUGAUCUCCUUCUAAGCCAUGGAGCAGACGUCAAUUAUUUAUCCGGGAUGCUGGGAUCAGCGUUGGUCGCAGCUGCCUCAGAGAGCCAUUUAUCCAUUGUUAAGACCCUUAUUCAGCGAGGCGCAAAUGUCAAUGAAGAAUGCGGACCAUACGGAUGUGCCCUACAGGCUGCUGUUCGUUCUCCAAGAGACAGCAGCAAGCUUGUACAGAUACUUCUUGAUGCUGGAGCAGAUAUCCAUAUGCAACACGGAAUAUAUGGCACUCCUCUCCAGGCAGCAGCUUAUAAAGGCAGGGAAGAAAUAAUCAGAACCCUGCUCGCGAGAGGAGCCCAAGUCAAUAUUGUAUCCGGUAAAUAUGGAACUGCCCUUAAUGCAGCUGCAUUCCAGGGCCAUGACCAAAUCGUUCAAAUAUUUCUUGAACACGGCGCUGAUACAACCACGGAAGCCGGUGACUAUGGUAAUUCUACAUGGGCAGCAGCGUACAAUGGGAAGGAGUCUGUCCUACGGCAACUUCUCCACCAUCGCUAUCCAUCCUGGCAAGAUGAUAUCCUGGAGAAUAAAGUACGAGGCAUCAUGAACCAAGCUAUCCGUACAGUAGCCUUCCAUGAAGCUGCAGAAGAUGGGGACUUCGAUUCGGUCAAGAAAUUAUUGGAAGAUGGCAUAGACCCAAAUGCAAGAGGAGGAGUUGAUAGCUCUGCUUUACAUGCAGCAGCGUCCUAUCAACACGCCGAGAUAGUAGCUCUAUUGCUUGCUCAAAAGGAUAUCAAUGUUGAUGUGAGGGACUAUGACGGCCGAAGCCCAUUAUGGAUAGCAGCAAGUGACGGAAAUAUCGAGAUCACAAAGAUGCUUAUCAACACCGGUCGAGUUGACGUUCGACAAAAACCUGCUUCAGGACGCAAUCUCUUGUGGUAUGCGGCCAAAGACGGUAGAAUGGACAUGGUUCGACUGAUGUGGGAAGCUGGUGUAGACCCUUUUGAGAUUGAUGAUGAUGGCGUUUCACCAAUCAUAAAGGCUGAAAAGGAAGGUCGAAAAGAGGUGGUUUCACUAUUCAAGACGUAUAGGGAGAAGAAAUAG